CCCGGAGUAAGAGGCGGGGGCGCGCGGGGAGCCACCUCCCUUUGGGUGUGGCCUUCAAGCCGCGCAAGAGCCCCCCGGCGCCGGCGAGGGGAGGCGUGGCCCCGACCAGCUGGGCGGCGGGGUUCCUUCUCCUCGCCUCUCCGGCUAGCCUGGCAGGAGCGCACCGGGGCGUUGGGUGCCAGCUGAAAGUCGCCGGCGAGGGGAUAGGAUCGCGCGCACAGGUGCCGCCGGCGGGAAGCUGGGCGGGUAACAUGCGGGGCGACAGGCGAUCCCGGAGGUGAAGAACGGGGCGUGCUGUCCGGAGGCGGCUGGGCACGGUCUCCCCCCCUGCGCGGCGGUGCCAUGCGGUGCCCCGGCUGAUGCGCCCUGCCCGGGGCCGCCGCCGCCGCCGCCGCCGCCACUGGUGGCCAUGAAGCGGCAGAACCUGCGCACGGUGGCGCUGAUCGGCUGCGUCUUCUCGUACCUGCUGGUGGGCGCCGCCGUCUUCGACGCGCUCGAGUCGGAGGCCGAGACCGGGCAGAGGCGGCUGCUGGAGGAGAAGCGCCUCGACCUGCAGAGGAAGUACAGCUUCAGCAGCGACGACUACCGCGAGCUCGAGCGCCUGGUGCUGCGCGCCGAGCCCCACCGCGCCGGCAGGCAAUGGAGGUUCGCCGGCUCCUUCUACUUUGCCAUCACCGUCAUCACCACCAUCGGUUACGGGCACGCUGCUCCUGGGACCGACGCGGGCAAGGUUUUCUGCAUGUUCUAUGCAAUUCUUGGCAUUCCACUUACCCUGGUCAUGUUCCAAAGCCUUGGCGAGCGCAUGAACAUUCUGGUCCGGAUGGUGCUAAAGAAAAUAAAGAAGUGCCUGGGGAUGAGGCAGACAACGGUCUCCAUGAAAAACAUGGUAGUGGUGGGGUUCCUGUCCUGCAUGGGAACGCUGGGCAUCGGCGCUGCGGCCUUCUCCUAUUUUGAAGGUUGGACCUUCUUCCACGCCUUCUACUAUUGCUUCAUAACGCUGACCACCAUUGGCUUCGGAGACUUCGUAGCUCUGCAGAAACACGAAGCUUUGCAGAAGAAGCCCCCUUACGUCGCUUUCAGCUUCAUGUACAUCCUGGUGGGCUUGACGGUGAUCGGAGCUUUCCUGAACUUGGUGGUGUUUAGGUUUUUGAUCAUGAACUCGGAAGACGAGAGACGGGAUGAGGAAGAGAGGGCCUCCUUGAGGAGAGCCAGGAAUUACAUCAACCUAAGACCCAGGGAAAGUAAUAGGAGCCAAAGUGAUAUCUUGCUUCCCAUAGAAGACCGGACGAGUCAGAUGAACCUCAUCCCACUGAUGCAAGAAGACCCCGAGAGGCAGAGGGGCAGGUCCUCCGGCUCCACCACAAGAGUCCCUUCCUUUUGUACCUGUCUGUGUUACAGGCCACGGAUGAGCAGGAGUCCAGAUCCUUCCCACCCAGAGGCCUUCAAUUGCCAUACAAAUCUGGUUUAUUACAAUUCUAUUUCUUACAAAAUCAUGGAAGUUUCCCUGGGUGGUAAGGACCACACCGGCUUGUCUUCUCCCCGGAGCACUUCGUCAUCCAACAGCCCCAGUUGCCGGGAACAUUCUCGAUUGCGAAGGAAGUCUAUCUGAAGUGUGCAUGCUCUUUUAAACCCCCUUUUUAAACAAACAAAACAAUUUAAUUCAUGGCUGUGUGUCUGCAACUGAACCUGUCUUUUGAUGAUAAAUUAUUGUGUGUGAGUCUG